AUGUCGGCACUCACCGAGAUCACAUCCGAAGCGGACUUCUCGUCGCACCUUUCCUCCCUGUCGCCCUCUGCGUUGGUUGUACUUUACUUCCAUACUCCAUGGGCCGCUCCUUGUGCCCAGAUGGGUGCUGUACUUGCGGCCCUCGCAUCACAGUACCCCGCCACUACCCCGCCAACCAUCUCGUUUGUCAGCAUCAAUGCUGAGGAAUUGCCUGAUAUCUCCGAGGAAUACGAUGUUUCCGCCGUUCCCUUUGUUGUGUGCUUGCGCAGCGGUCAGAUUUUGGAAUCAAUCAGUGGCAGCGAUGCUGUCAAGGUGCGCGACGCUGUCGAGCGUCAUGCCGGCCGCGGAAACAGUGCCGGUGGUGACCCGAUGGACGGCGUGAGGACUCAUAUUCCCCCGCCACUAUCCGCUGUGCCACGUGAGGACGGUCCAACAACCGCUACUCAAGCUCCGGUCACAGCGUCCCAUGCGCCUCCCGCCGAUGCGGCCAAUGCGACCGCUGUCGCAUCGGCCCCCGCCCUGACACCGGAACAAUCUCGCGAAGCGCUCUUUGCCCGUCUGGAACAACUGGUCAAGGCAGCUUCUGUUAUGCUCUUCAUGAAGGGAACUCCCAGCAGCCCGCAGUGCGGAUUUAGUCGGCAGCUGGUGGGUAUUCUCCGCGAACGUAGUGUCAAGUACGGCUUCUUCAAUAUCUUGGCCGACGAGGAUGUACGACAGGGCUUGAAGGAGUACGCAGAGUGGCCAACCUUCCCUCAAUUAUGGGUAAAUGGAGAACUCGUUGGUGGUCUGGAUAUUGUACGUGAGGAGAUCAACGCCGAUCCCGAAUUUCUCAACCAGUUCUCUGUCAACAAGCCUACCGCAAGCGCUUGA